AAUCCCAUGGAUUUUUUCCCCAAAUCCCCGGAUUUCUCCGCAGUUUCCGGCCGGUGCCCCUGGAGCAGACCUACGUGGGCAUCACGGAGAAGAAAGCCAUCAAACGCUUCCAGAUCAUGAACGAGAUCGUCUACGAGAAGAUCAUGGAGCACGCGGGCAAGAACCAGGUGCUGGUGUUCGUGCACUCGCGCAAGGAGAGCGGCAAGACGGCGCGCGCCAUCCGGGACAUGUGCCUGGAGAAGGACACGCUGGGGCUCUUCCUCAGGGAGGGCUCGGCCUCCACCGAGGUGCUGCGGACCGAGGCCGAGCAGUGCAAGAACCUGGAGCUGAAGGAUCUGCUCCCGUACGGCUUCGCCAUCCACCACGCCGGCAUGACGCGCGUCGACCGCACGCUGGUGGAGGAUCUGUUCGCCGACAAGCACAUCCAGCUCCCAGGGAUCGCUGAGGAUUUGGGAAUUCCGCAGGACGCCGUGAACUGGCUGGGUUACACCUACCUGUACAUCCGGAUGCUGCGGUCGCCCACCCUGUACGGGAUCUCCCACGACGACCUGAAGGCCGACCCGCUCCUGGAGCAGCGGCGCCUCGACCUCGUCCACACCGCGGCCCUGAUGCUCGACAAGAACAACCUGGUCAAGUACGACAAGAAAACCGGGAAUUUCCAGGUGACGGAGUUGGGCCGCAUCGCCAGCCAUUACUACAUCACCAACGAGACGGUGCAGACGUACAACCAGCUGCUGAAACCCACCCUGAGCGAGAUCGAGCUCUUCCGCGUCUUCUCCCUGUCCUCGGAGUUCCGCAACAUCACCGUGCGCGAGGAGGAGAAGCUGGAGCUGCAGAAGCUUCUGGAGCGAGUCCCGAUCCCGGUGAAGGAGAGCAUCGAGGAGCCCAGUGCCAAGAUCAACGUCCUGCUCCAGGCCUUCAUCUCGCAGCUGAAGCUGGAGGGGUUCGCCCUCAUGGCCGACAUGGUCUACGUCACCCAGUCGGCCGGGAGGUUGAUGAGAGCCAUCUUUGAGAUCGUCCUGAACCGCGGCUGGGCCCAGCUCACCGACAAGACCCUCAACCUCUGCAAGAUGAUCGACAAGCGCAUGUGGCAGUCCAUGUGUCCCCUGCGCCAGUUCAAGAAGCUGCCCGAGGAGGUGGUGAAGAAGAUCGAGAAGAAGAAUUUCCCCUUCGAGCGCCUCUACGACCUCAACCACAACGAGAUCGGUGCUGGAAUGAGGGGAAAUCACCCAAAUUAG